CAAGCUAGUCCUUGCGCUAUAGAUAUAUAUUUCUUAGUCGGACACUAAUACACUGAUAGCAGCAACGCCUGUCAUUGGGUAUGGUGAUCAGUCCAAAGUUGAGUUAGCAAAUAUCAGAAGUUAGAUUGACUCAUGUGCAGCCCAAAUAAUUACUGGUUACAUUGCUGUUUUAUUAACUAGUGGGGAGCGUCAUGCUAUAGCUUGGUCAACCGCUAUAUUUAGCUAAACUGCAUUUGAAAACCACUUAAUUAAUACUGUGCUAACGUUGAAGGGACUGUCCAAAAUCCUAACAUGUAGUCGUGUGCUUUUUUCCCAGUAGUUUUGUUUAAAAUGUAAGCCGUGCCCGUUAGCUAACAGCUGUUACGCUAGGUAUGUUAUGUUGAAGGCCGACAUGUCCGAGUUUCCGGUCGAACUGUACGUCAAAUAUUGAGAAAAAACUUGAUGCUAUCAUGGUGCGUGUGUGUGUGUGUGUACUGUUGAAAUAAAGAAUAAAUAUUAUGCACUGUAACGCUAUUUGCUGUUUUCAAUCGCCGUGAUACAGCAGAGGGGACUCACAAAGCAACGGAAGCACGUCCUGCUCUCCAAAAUAAAACUCAUCUCCAUCGCCAAUAUGUUUAAAAUGGCGAAGAUUGAAAGGGUCCUAAAUUGCUGUCCCAACAAUGAUCCGUGAGAGGACAGCAGCCCAAAGUGAAGAAUGGCCAGGUUCAAGCGUAAAUCAUGGAUCACAUUGCUGGCUGUGGUGGUGCUUGUGCUCAUUGUAACAGCGGUGCGCAAGUCCCUCACCCUGGAGGACACAGGCGACACAAGAGAGCAGUCACUGGGCAAGAUGGACCCUGCCAAAGAGAAUGAGCCCAAGUGGAGGAAGAGGAUUGAAAACACCUUGGCAGGCAAGGACCUCAGCAAGUUCCCUCCACCCAACUACUACCUCCAUGCCUUUUACUACAUCUGGUAUGGGAACCCCAGCUUUGAUGGCAAGUACAUCCACUGGAACCACCUUCAAAUACCCCACUGGGAUGCCAAGGUGGCUGAGAGGUAUCCACAAGGCAGGCACAGCCCACCUGAGGAUUUGGGGUCCAACUUCUACCCAGCUCUGGGGGCUUACAGUUCCAGAGACCCGGCUGUCAUUGAAGCGCACAUGCAGCAGCUACGUACAGCUGCCAUAGGUGUCAUCGCCAUUUCCUGGUAUCCUCCCCACUUAAAGGACGACAACGGCGAGGCAGUGGACGACAUCAUGCCUUUGCUGCUGGACGUGGCUCAUCAGUACCACAUUAAGGUGGCGUUUCACAUUGAGCCUUACAAAGGGAGAGAUGAAGUCAAUAUGUACGCAAAUGUCAAAUACAUAAUUGAAAAGUACGGAGACCACCGGGCCUUCUUCAGGUACCACACCAGCACGGGUAAGCUACUUCCGCUCUUCUACGUGUACGACUCGUACCUGAUGAACUCUGAGCAGUGGGCCAAGCUGCUCAAGCACACCGAGAGCGACAGCAUCCGGGACACGCCCUAUGACGCCGUCUUUAUCGCCCUGCUGGUGGAGGAGAAGCACAAACUGGAGGUGCUGACGGCCGGUUUUGACGGCGUCUACACCUACUUCGCCACCAAAGGCUUCUCCUAUGGCUCCACCCAGCGCAACUGGGACGCCAUCAAGGCCUUCUGUGAGGACAACAACCUGAUCUUCAUCCCCAGCGUGGGGCCGGGCUACAUAGACGUCAGCGUGCGGCCGUGGAACAGCAAGAACACGAGGAACCGCAUCAACGGAAAAUAUUACGAGACCUCUCUGAGCGCCGCCCUGCAGGCCAAGCCCCAUUUCAUCUCCGUGACGUCGUUCAAUGAAUGGCACGAGGGCACUCAGAUCGAGAUGGCCGUCCCCAAAACGGGCCAAACUGUUUAUCUGGACUAUUUGCCCAACAGGCCCACCUUCUACUUGGAAAUCACCCGCAAGUGGGCCGCCCUGUUUAGCGGUGAGCGCAGGAGGUGGCAGGAAUAACCCUCACUUGCAUGACAGACGCGCUCAGAGAUGCAAAUCAUGGUGCACUGGUGACCAAAAGUGGCACUUCAUAAUACUUUCCUUACGUUUUGGAUCAUUUUGAGAGUUUGGCAAUGCCGUUUAUAAUCAAUAAGUGGUAGCAGGGAGCAAUCGCGUUCAUUAUAAUAUACGACAAGGGAAAGUAACACCCACAGCAUCGACAUGGCUAAUCAUCAUUCCUUCAUUUCCCUCACUGGAUUAAUAAAGUAUAUCUAUUUAUUCCAGUUCA